CAAUCAUUUAUUAUAUUAUUGUAUAAAUCGUUGUAUUUUUGAAUCAAUUUAGAAAUAUAUUUACAACUGUUAUCAUAAUAUACACCAAACAAACAGUACUUUGAUUUUUUUCCCCAAUGAAUUCAAUGUCAAAAUAGUGUCACAAAUUGAGGCCAAAUAUAAUUUGUAUCUAUUUUUUGAACAAGAUCGUUUUGGUGGCAUAGUGUAGUGCCCUUGGUCAUUCGCUCUCUUAUAUUAACUGUCUUAAAAUGAGCUCAAAUACGCAAAGAGUAUGGAAAGUAAUUAAACCUCAUUUACCACUCAUUAAAUUUAAAAGAGGAGGAAGUGUUGCCAAAACCGGGACAGAUAGUGUGGUCUCUUCGAGUACUUCCGGUCCGCCGAUCGGUUCGACUCCACGAGGAAGUGGUAUUGAAGAGGAAUUAAUGCCAAAACGAUAUCAACGAAAACCCAUAACGCCUUUAGAGAUGGAAAUGAUUGAAAGAGGAGGACCAGAAAUACUUUGAUGAAUGGCUUUUAUUGUAAAAAUAUAUUUAUAAUAAUUAUUAGCGCUAUUAUUGAGUUCUCAAAGAGUAAUAAAUUGUUUUUUAAAAAUAUAAA